CAGAAUAACUACGCAACAUCAUCCAGUCUCCGUGUGACAGUGGGAGGGGGUAUAUAAACAUAGCCCAGGAGCCGCGCGGAUUAAUUGUUGAUCCGAUAGACUAGGGGAAACCGUAACGAGAAAAAUGGAACUUCUAGUCAAAUGUGUCGUUCUUUGUAGUCUGUUCAUAGCAGCAAUGAGCAUAAGAUGUAAUCGGGAUAUUGAAUGUAAAACCAAUUCAUCCCUUCGGUGCCCCAGUGGUCAAGAAGCAGCGUGCUCCCAGGGACAGUGUCUUUGUAAAGAGGGGUCAUGGUGUGUGUUUGACCGUAACUGCCAGGACAACUGUAACCCUGACCAGACCUACUACUGCCGGUUCGUGCGCUGUUACUGUCUGUAACAGGUGACACACAGGUGUAUCUGAUGACGGGGUACCUGCCAUUGUCUGCAGCCAACGGACUUUUUUCUCAAUAAAGGUUUAAAAUUCG